AUUGCAAUUGUCUGGCUGGUCCAGUAUCUAUAAUUGUCUUUUAUUCUGUUAUCUGCGUUAUAGAAAAUCUAUCAUUAGCGCCGUCUUGCACUGAUCCGUGUCCGUACCCCGCCGGUAUCUCGGGAUUUGCUCAAGAGCUCUACUCCGUAUUUUCGAAGUACACGGACGAAGUCGCAUAACGCUACUCAGACAAAAUGCCUCCCCCAGCAGACCUAAGAGCAGAAAUUGAACCCCCGGAGGAAGUCACCACAGAAGGCGUCAAGGGUUUCUUAGCAGGUGCAUUUCGGUACGGUUCCGUCUCUAUCCUCGCGCAUAUGAUCUUAAUUCUCCCUCAUCCCUUUACAUUCGCAAGCAACGCCGGUCCGCCACAACCACAUCAGCCAGGUUCACAACCGCGAGCACGAAGACCAUCCCCCUUCACAAAAGAAUACUUCCGCGCGCGCUUCCUCCACAGACCCCUCGAAGGCUUCUCGGAGUGGAUCUCCCCGACGGCUCGGGUGUACCAAGGCCUCACUCCGCAGUUCAAAGUGUUUUUGCAGAUCGCGGCGAUGACGUUGGGCGGGUGCGUGUGGGCGGAGAGACGGGUGGCGGAAUAUAUUGAUUUUAUGCGUAAGGUGAAGCGGGUGCAGAGGGUUACUGCUGAGCGGGAGAAUCUGAUCAGUGGUAGAUAGACAGGCCAGAACCAGGAUCAGGGCCUGGAUUGUGGCAAGUUGUUCUAAUUUGAGCAUGGACAAAGUACGUGUAUAUAGUAGGGUCAGCACGGAUAAUUGGAUUGAUACGGAUGCGGAAACGGAAGAGGACUCCG